ACACAGUUUACCUUCCCUCCUUACAGAAACCUCAUGUACGGUGUGGUGAAGCUCAUGAAGAUUGUGGGGCAGCUCUCGGAUAAAUUUUACUACACAGAUUGUCUCUUCUUUGGAGCGAUUAUCUCUGCCACUGACCCAGUGACUGUACUGGCAAUAUUUAACGAAUUGCACGCAGACGUGGAUCUUUACGCACUUCUGUUUGGGGAAAGCGUCCUCAAUGAUGCUGUUGCCAUUGUCCUGUCCUCGUCUAUUGUUGCCUACCAGCCAGCGGGCCUGAACACUCAUGCCUUUGAUGCUGCUGCCUUUUUUAAAUCAGUGGGCAUUUUUCUAGGUAUAUUUAGUGGCUCUUUCACCAUGGGAGCUGUGACGGGCGUUGUGACUGCUCUAGUGACCAAGUUUACCAAGCUGCACUGCUUCCCUCUAUUGGAGACGGCACUCUUCUUCUUGAUGUCCUGGAGCACCUUCCUUUUGGCAGAAGCCUGUGGGUUCACAGGCGUUGUGGCUGUCCUUUUCUGCGGGAUCACACAGGCUCAUUACACCUACAACAAUCUGUCGGUGGAAUCAAGAAGUCGAACGAAGCAGCUCUUUGAGGUGUUACACUUCCUGGCAGAGAACUUCAUCUUCUCCUACAUGGGCCUGGCACUGUUUACCUUCCAGAAGCACGUUUUCAGCCCCGUGUUCAUCAUUGGAGCUUUUGUUGCCAUCUUCCUGGGCAGAGCUGCACACAUCUACCCGCUCUCCUUCUUCCUCAACUUGGGCAGAAGGCAUAAGAUUGGCUGGAACUUUCAACACAUGAUGAUGUUUUCAGGCCUCAGGGGGGCCAUGGCAUUUGCGCUGGCCAUCCGAGACACCGCAUCCUAUGCUCGCCAGAUGAUGUUCACAACCACGCUCCUCAUCGUCUUCUUCACUGUCUGGAUCAUUGGUGGAGGCACGACCCCCAUGCUGUCAUGGCUUAACAUAAGAGUUGGCGUCGAGGAGUUGUCCGAAGAGGACCAGAACGAACACCGCUGGCAGUACAUCAGAGUUGGUGUUGACCCAGAUCAGGACCCACCACCCAACAACGACAGCUUUCAAGUCUUACAAGGGGAUGGUCCAGAUUCUGCCAGAGGAAACCGGACAAAGCAGGAGAGUGCGUGGCUGUUCAGGCUGUGGUACAGCUUUGACCACAAUUACUUGAAGCCCAUCCUCACACACAGUGGCCCCCCGUUGACCACCACGCUCCCAGCCUGGUGUAGCCUGCUUGCUCGGUGUCUGACCAGUCCCCAGGUGUACGACAACCAAGAGCCGCUGAGAGAGGAAGACUCGGAUUUCAUCCUGACUGAGGGCGACCUCACCCUGACCUACGGGGACAGCACAGUGACUGCGAACGGCUCCUCAGGCUCCCACACGGCCUCCACGAGCCUCGAGGGCAGCCGGAGAACCAAGAGCAGCUCGGAGGAGGUGCUGGACCGAGCCCUGGGAGCAGGAGACCAGCCGGUGUCAAGCCGGGGCACGCGCCUAGUGUUCCCCCUGGAGGAUAACGCGUGACUUGUCGCGUCCCCCCCACCCAGCCCCAGCCUGCCGAGAUGGGGGUGCAGUGAGGACGGCUGCAAACCCCAGGCUUGUCCAACUCGGGGCACUGACUGAGUGGAACUAAUGCUUCUGUUUUAUUGAGGUCUGAAGCUCUCUUAACAUUUAAAGUUUAACCCAAGAGGCAGAGGGUGGGGCUUAGGUGUCUCUCAAUCAAGACAAACGCAGACGUAUUCCCACUUUUUCACAUAGUAGUGCUGUUCAGAGUCAAACAAACAAAUAGCAUGCUUUAACGGUCUGACUCAUUCACCUGCAGAAUCCGAGCAAGCUGCGGCAGGUGUGGGGAGGCCCCCCCAGGAGAGGUUUCAGGUCCGUACACAGCAGCGCAAACCUAGCUGGCUGCGGGAAUAGCGAGGUGGGGGCGGGAAGAGCAGGCCAGACGAAGGAUCUCGAAGGAAGGCAGCUGAGAUUGGACCUCCGAAGAUGAUGGGAAGCCCGUGGUCACGGGGACAGAACUCAGGAGGAAGCAAUCUGAGCGCGGAGGCCCUCGCACCGAGGGCUGCAGGACCGUGAUGUCAAUGAUCAGGCUUCUGGACUUUCUGCACUACCUGGGUUUCCUGUAGAUUGAAGAUCAGAACUCUAUCCAUGAACAUUUCAACAUGGGGAAAGAAUUAGAAUUCCUUCUCUGGAAAUCUCCAGAAAGAAGUAGCUACUGAAAUGUUUAAAACCAAAAGCAAAAUCGUGUUUUACUGUUGGGUUUUUAAAAUUAAUCCGAGGACAGGAGAAACCGUUUAGAGACUGAUGACAAAAAUCAGUCAGUUCUUCAGGGCUACCAUGGAGAUACCUACUGCGGGGUUUAGGAAUAACACCCAAAUUUGUGGGAUGCUUCUAUCUGGGGACGAGAGAGCAGCAAGGAGCCUAGGAGGCAAUAGGCUAGUGUUCAGAGGGGGGG